GGCAGUUGCCAUCAUGUCUGUGAAAGGUCAGGAACAGAAUCUAUAAUACAACUUGCAGGAGAUCUUUCAUUCCCUUCAGUAUACAGUGUGGACUGCCCUCUGGGUCACCUGGAAUGUGUUCAUCAUCUGCUUUUAUUUGGAAGUAGGUGGUCUCUCUAAGGACACAGAUCUGAUGACAUUCAACAUCUCUGUACAUCGGUCAUGGUGGAGGGAACAUGGACCUGGCUGUGUCCGGAGAGUGCUGCCACCAUCAGCCCAUGGCAUGAUGGAUGACUACACAUAUGUCUCAGUCACAGGCUGUGUCGUCGAUUUCCAGUACCUAGAGGUCAUCCACAGUGCUGUACAAAUCCUGCUAUCUCUGCUUGGUUUUGUGUACGCCUGUUACGUGAUCAGCAUUUCCAUGGAAGAAGAAGACACCUGUGCAGGCUAUGCAGGUACUGUGCUGACCUUGGCUUUGCGCAUGGACUCGUCAUUCGGAUCCUUGCAUUCCAAAGGCUGCAAAAGAAGUCGAAAUAAGUAAUGACAUUGACUCUGAAAUGCGGCUCCUGGACUUGAGUUAGGGAACAAAGAACCACUGGCCUCUGGCACUGGGGACCCUACAGCGGCACCUUCCUCCCAGACAGCAGGACUGCAACCCCUGCGGGCCAGCGAACAGGGAGCUGCAAGGUCUUUGGUCUCAACCUGUGUAACAUUAGCCUUGUUUGCUAGAUGCGUUCUGGGUGUUUGGGUGGGUAUUUUUUUAGUCAUCUUCUUCUUAUAU